AUGGCACGAAAACGACAAGCGUCGGGUUCCAACUCCGCCCCUCCCAGUUCUAAGAAACCCAAGCAGGCACGCGGUAAAGGCAAGAAAGUAGGAGAGCCUACUGAAACCGCUCCUACAGCUGGCGUGAUUGUAGAAGAUACAAUCAACCAGGCCCUGGAAAAAGCCUUUUUAGGAACUAUAUUGGUGGAUGUUCGGUACCUCAGUGUCCAAUGGGAGAACCAAAAGAGAAACAGAGAGCUCCAGCCCAGUUUAGUCGCCCGCCUUAAAGAGGCAUUCAAGAAUGGGAUCAAGAGAUAUGCUAUUGAGGAUCACCUGAAGGCGACUACUACCGAAGCUGAAUUUGAUCGUCUCCUUGAACUCAACUUUCCUCUCAACGAAGAACGGAGAGAUGCUGAUCUUGCCCAUCUUCGCACUCGCGCAGCGACCCAUUCUAGUCUUAAGGACACUAUGCUUCAUGUGACAACAGUGCCACCCGACACCCCACUUACCCUGCGAAACGGCCAACAUCGGGUGCAGGCACUCGUUGAACUUUGUGAUGAACAGAAGGAGCUUGCGGCGGCCGGUGCCUUUGACGAGUCUGGCAACCCUAUUGGCGAACCAGUCAACGACGAUUAUCUGUGGGCUGUGGACGUUUACGACAACAGCCAACUCCAGACUGAGACCCUUGAUGCGUUGAUUUCCAACCGCGAUGUUGUUCGAAAGAAUAACUCCGAAGGCUAUAACGCGCUCAACAUCAUCACAUACAUCGAACAGUUGGAUGGUAAAGAGAGAGCUGAGCGCCUAAAGGCCACCAACUUUAAGCGGUGGCUGAACAACGUCUUCGGGGUAAACCUCACAUACACAACGCGCAUGAUCUCUGUCCUGAAGGAUAAACACCUGUCUAAGAUGAUCCGCUACUAUUGUGGUACGAGAUAUGGAGAGAACGUUUUCAAUUGGUCCUUAAUGUCUCGCAUCCAAGCGGGAAAGCAGACAGAGAUGUGGAAACUGGAAUUCAAAAAGUUCCAGAACUUUUGCUCCACCAUUUUUGGGGUCAAACAUCAGAACCUUAUCGCGUACAGCGACUGGAAGCUAAUUCUUGCUCUGGACCAGGGCCGUCCACUUGGCCAACUGAGACUUCUUUUUUUCCCUAAACGCGAAGAUUACUGGGUGGAGUAUACUGAUGCUCCCCCGGGAAAACGCAAGACACCGUUCCCAAUCUCGAAUGACUACUCUAGCAAAUUGGAACUUCCCAAACUGGAUUCCCCCAUUGUUAUCCAGAAUCAGGAGUUCUCCAACAGACGGCCUGAUUUUCUGGUCAAUCUCUCUGACGCGUCAUACAAGGAUGUUUUCAGAAAUCUCCAUACCCAUCAGAACCUCUACUGCCCCACAUGGAAUAAUUGGGUUGAUCUGGAGAAAAAUGUCUCGUCCGUUGUGUCGAAGAUCUUACAUCAUAUAAUGAUGUGGAUCGAGCCUUCCUGGAAACUCCCAUCAAAGUCAAGUCAUGAGUGGAUAUCAUUCAGCUGGCUUGAACAGAUUGAAGCGUUUGUAUUCCCGGAAGAAGAUGACUCGGCGUCUCCAUCAGAAACAUCAAAACAGAACGCAUGGGAAUUUCUUCAGAGUCUGUGGGAACUUGUCCGCAAUGAAAACUUGUGGCAGGAUUCAAGUCUCCAGUCCUUCCUAACUGUACCCGAAUCCACCUUGAGUGACGAUCUUGAGGAAGAUGAAGAGAAUACCCCUAAGAAAGGUCGAAAGACAUGGGAGAGCGAUGAAAGACGCCAUGAAUAUCUUCGUCGUUUCCAAUAUAUCCAUUGGAUCCAGGUUGUGAAGUUGGUCAUUGAAGCGCGACCAGGCUGUCUGCAGGGCUUCAUGAGCGAAUUUAAUGAUAUCGACCGCUUGACCGCCGCUUAUGAGCCAUACACUCCUUGGGGGGACAUUUUCAGCAAAAUGAAUUUCGCGCAGAACAAAAUGUUGCAGAAGACGCCAUGUCUCAACUCGAUGGUGAUUCGAAGUAACAUUGCUUUACAAGGAGAUGUUCUUGGCGCUAUCGUCCACUACCGCCAUCUGAAACAGCAGAUGAUCCUGACCUGCGAAUGGGGCUGGAAAAAACCCGCCAAGAGGAAUCCAUCCAGACCAUUGGUUUUAAUCGCCUCUCCUGAAGAAUACGAGACAGCGGUGGAAGUUUUGCAGGAACUCAGCGCGCUUCUGACCAAGUUCGGUUACAAACCUGACAUUGACGAUUGGAAUGAGCAUCUCCCGUCCUUCACCAUCGAUCGCUCAGAGGAAAUUACCCGCCCCGAAGGUCUAACCCCCAAAUAUGGCUUUCUUAAAGCGAGACCCCCGGCGUACAACAGUCUGGAGGAUGAGGCCAAGGCGAUGGUUAAAGCUCUCCAGACAAGCAUCGUGAAGAAUCGGCUUGAACGGCCUUUACCAGCCAAAACUUUACGUCGUCUGAAAAAGACUUUAUCUAAAGUUGAUCUGGAGACUCCUCUAGAGGCACAGCCGGCUGAGCAAAUUCUCCGUACUGAUGGUACCGCUCUUAAAGGGGAUGACUAUCAUAAAUACCGUUCGAUAAUCCGAAAACUCCAUAUCAAGCUUCGAGAAAUUUUGGAUGCAGAAGACAUUACUCAACUCAGGGAAUGGCGCAAGGAAUACAGGCAGGCUCAUAAUGCUUUUAACGUGUCUUGCUCUGAUGAAAUUGUCCGCUGA